UACAAAUGUCAUGGCUGUAAGGGUGAGCCGCUCUUCUGCACUCAUUGCUGUCGGAUGGUUCAUAGUUGCAUCCCUUUCCAUCGAAUCAGUCAAUGGACUGGGGGGUUCUUCAAAGAGACUUCCUUGACCAAGAUCAGGCUGGAAAUUCACCUCGGUCAUGAGGGAAAGCCUUGCCCCACAUUGACAGAUGAGUGGUGUGACACUGAUGAUGAAGGAGACCAUGCGACUGAAGGCCUAGGGUGCCUUUUGUCAAUGAUCCUCGGAUGA